AUGGCGCCACUCAGGGCGGGCCUGACUCCGAGCACCGGAAACCAACCGUGGCCCCUGAACCUCAACCGCCUGAACCUUCCAGCCAGGACCGCGUGGAGCUCCAGGCAGGUUGAAGCGGCUGAAGUGACCGAAUUGCGCUGGGACGAUGCGGGUACCGUUCUUGCCGCCCCGCCGGCCGCUUGGGCAUAUGCCGUCUGGGGCACCGGCUGCGAUACCGUUUGGGACGCUGCCCAGGCGCCAGCCAGCACGUUCUGGACACCCCAGCCCCUGCCAGACGAGCCUUCAGAAGUUCUGGUCGUGAACAGCACUGAGAGCAAGAGCUACAUCGCCCUUUGUUGGGACUUGGCAAUGGCAGACCUUGUGGCGCUUGAUGUGGAGUGGGUACCAGACGUUGGUGACUCCGAUCAUCCCAUUUCGGUGAUGCAGCUGGCAUUUCCGACCUGCAGAGUGUACGUCCUGCAGCUGCACCGGAUUGGACGAACUCCUUCUCCUGUGCAGCAGAUGCUCUUGGAUCCAUGGAUUACCAAAGUUGGCUUUGGUGUGGACUGCAAGGACGUGGACAAAUUCGUCACCAGCGGAAUUCCCCUGUCUAGAGACUCGGUGGUAGACAUGCAGCCGCCCUGCGCAGAGCUGCUGGGUGCCCCUCCAAACCGGCCCUGCGGCCUGCGCCGCACGGCCUUGGCGCUGCUUCGCCACUCGAGACGCUUCGGAGAUCACCAGGCUAUGUCCUAA